AAAUUUUGGUAGCACUUUACAAGAAACAUGGAGGAGCAGCCACUGCUACCCAUCAGACACAUUAGAAAUGAUAACCAAGUGGGUAAGAAGGACGACGUGGUAAUUCAGGUCAAGAAUAAUCUCAAUAAACUUCUCGAUUCAGCUGCGGUGGACGAGAUGGGACCAUUAGGAGAAAGCACCCAACCUUCAAUCUACAAAAUACCAGAAUUCAUGAGAAAAAUUCAAGCGAAGGCUUUCGAGCCACAGUUGGUGUCGUUGGGGCCAUACCACCAUGGGAAAGAGCAUUUAGUUUCAAUGGAAGAGGAAAAACAGAAAGCGUUUCGGCGUUUCGUAAACGACUAUGGACUGAACUUGGAGUCAAUUGUGGAGAGUAUGUCAAACAAUUUGGAAAAUCUGUGGGGAGCAUAUGAUAAGCUUGAUGAAAAAUGGAAGCAAGAUGGUGCCAAGUUCUUGGAGGUGAUGAUUGUGGAUGGGUGUUUCAUGUUGGAUUUCUUCAAGGAAUGUCCCUACUCGCUAAGUACUAUGCGUUGGGAUAUAAAGAGGGACAUGUUGUUGCUUGAGAAUCAGCUACCCAUGCAGCUUCUUCAAGAGUUGUAUGACAAUAUGCCAAACACAAACCAAGAGGACCAAAGUCUGAGAUCACUAAUCUGUCAGCCAAUGUGCAUCAAUGAGGAAGCAGUAAUGGGAAGAGAGUUGCACAUUUUGGAUAUGUAUCGAGCGUCAUUAUUGUAUCCUCCGGUAGACAGAAAGGAUCGAAGUGGGAAGACAAAAGUAACGUAUCAACAAUCCGACCCAGAAUGUCAAAUCAUUCCACAAGCAACGCAGCUUCAUGAUGCAGGAAUAAAAUUCAAGAGCAGCCCUACAAAAAACCUUACAGACGUGAGUUUUAACCCAAAACAAGGCGUGCUAGAAUUGCCAUAUAUAGUAGUGGACGAUGACACCGAAACAACUUUAUUAAAUGUAAUGGCAUUUGAGAAACUGUAUGUAGAAGCUGGAAGCAAAGUGACAUCUUUUGUAAUCUUGAUGAACAAUUUGAUCGACGUUGAUAGAGACGUGGCGUUGUUGGCAUCUGAUAAGAUAUUAGCCAACGCUCUUGGGAAUGAUGAAAGUGCGGCGGAUUUGUUUAGUUUGCUUGGGAAGGGAGCGGCUAUGGAUUUGGAUAGCCAUAUAACGGAUGUUCAUUAUAAGGUGAAUAAGCAUUGUAGCCUGUCAUGGAAUCAAUGGUGUGCAAGUCUUAAACAUGAUUACUUUCAAAAUCCAUGGGCUAUUAUCUCCCUCUUUGCGGCUGUUUUCGGUUUCGCCAUCCUUAUUGUUCAGGCCAUCUACCAAAUUGUUGAUUAUCAUAGAGGGAAUUAAAUUGAUGAAAAGUAUUUGAGUGCAUUUUAUUUUUUUUAUUUUUUUAUUUGUGAUGGGAGGAGAUGCAUGGAGAUGAUUGGAUUCAUAUACUAAGACGUAUGCAUGUGUCUUUACAAAUCUAGUUUUCAUUUCUCUAUAUACAUAAAUCCACUGUUUAGCUUCGGAUCUUCUGUAUUUUUAAGUUUUUCAUAUUUAUU